AUGGACGUCUACUUUGAACGGGAAAUAUCCAAGACAGAAGCAGAGCUAAAGAAGCUCAAGGACGCAGUUGAUAAGGUCCCGAUGCGCAUCGUCCAGCGAUACGCGACCGCACUACACGAGGCCAUGCUCAGCGUGCUCAACGACCCAGUGAGCUUGGUGGACAUGGUUGGGCCCAUUCCUGAGGGUUUCACAUUCCCUUGCCCCAAGCCCGAAAUGGAGGUGAACGACCAAGAGAUGCCUGAUAUGCAAGUCCAGGACCAGGAGGACCGGGAGACGGCGCCGGCGACUCGCGAACCCUCAGCCAUCCCGACUGUGGAAGAAGCGGAUGAGAGUUCCUUACACCCGCCGGAACCCCAACCAAAGGUUGAGGAGAUGGACACAGACGGCUCAGGCCUACCACCCGUACCGACCUUAAAGCCUGCGAAUCCGUCGGAGCAAGACGCCGAGAUGCAGGAUGUUGCGGAGCUUCCGGCAACAGUGGGCCCAGCCCACAGAUCCGUAUCGAUCAACGGCCCGGUAGACGGAGAAGGUCCUGCGCUCUUCCCACACCCAUUCGACCAUGCGGAUAUUGGAAGAAGCAGCGCGUCACCAGACGAGGAGAGCGAGGACAGAACCGAGGACGAUGGCAGCAUAUAUGGCACUGUCGAAGCCGCCAGGGAGUUCUCUGCCACACCACCUACCGAAGACUUGCCCAUCUACAAUGUCAAGCCUUGGUUCCAGAGCCGGCGGGUCCGCAAGUUGGCCGACAAGUCAUCCGAGUUUGGCGACUUCUUCCUUGCCCACAUUCGGGAUCAAACCAUAUCGGUGACAUAUGCGCAAGAAGACGCAAAGCGUGACUACGCCAAGAAAUACGAGUCAUAUCUGCGCUUCACCAUGUCUGACGAUCCAGCCGCCGUGAAGAGCCGCGAGUACUUCAUCAGCUCCGGAACCCAGCAGGUGUCCAACGGUAAGCCGGCUAGCUCAGACUCCAAGCCUGAAGGGGGCAGAAGAGCGGCAGGCCGUUUCUCGACCGAAUUGGACCUUGAGGCUGCCAUUCAGGAGUCGAUCCGUGAGCACCAAGAAAGGAAAGAAAGAGAGGAGAGAGCACAGAAGGAAAAGUACCGCAGCGAUAAGGAGGCCGUGAUUCCUGAUAUGUUCUGGACAGACGAGGAGAGAGAGCAAGCGUCGUUCUACGACGCAUCCGGCCUGAUACCGCUGGAGAAAGUGGUUGCAACCUGGCAGGUUGUGCCUCACCACAUCAACUUCACCCCGGAAGAGGCCGAGCGGUUCGAGAAGGCCUACCUUGAGAGUCCCAAGCAAUGGGGCAAAAUCUCGAAGGAGGUGGGAGCCCGGGAUCCAGGGACCUGUAUUCUCUACUAUUAUGCAAUGAAGCGCGAGCUCAACCUCAAGGACAAGCUUAAGAAGCAGCCUAGAAGGCGCAAGAAGGGCAGCCGAGCAAAGCAGCGCUCCAGCGCAUUGGUGUCGGAGCUGGGCAACACCGAGAACGAGACAGAAGACACAGCAGGUCAGGACACGGGCGAGAAUGGCGAGCGUAGGCGGCCGCCUCGCCGUGCUGCUGCACCAGUCUGGCCGAGCGAGGCCACGUCGAAUGCAGAGUCGGACGGCGCUACUCCUGCGCCCACACCCGGCCGCCGGAGGGCCGGCACGGCGGCCGAAGCUAAGAGCGAGGCCGGUGCUGAGAAGUCGGAGAGCAAGAGAGGCGGGCGAAAGCCCCGUCAGCCUAGGGCCGACAAGGAAGCGAAAGCGCCGAAGCUACUCGCACAGGCUCCUCCUGGUGCAACGCCUCUCGCUGUCCCUGUCAAGACGGGCAGAUCCCGCGCCAACUCCAAGGCCCAGGUCCCAGACUGGGCGUCGCCACAGACUCCUGUCGAUCUGGCUGCCCGUAUCCCCCUCUCUUACGAGGUUCCCCACCCGGCAAUGCAGCCGCCGCUCCACCAGGUCCAACAAAGUCCGCUCCCCGGCCCCGAUCGAGGCAUGCCCUCGAUAUCAUCUGCCAUGUCCGAGGUCAUGGCACCACCUUCCCUGCGUCCCGAACCGCCACCGCUGCCGCCCGCCUCGGUGCCCACAUUCGAGAUCUCCCAGUCAGUCGGUCCAGAGCGCAUCCGUACUCCAGGACAAGCGUCGAGCUACUGGAGUGUAUCAGAGACUACGGACUUCCCUGGCUUGCUCAGGGCUUUUGGCACGGACUGGGUCAAGAUCGCCAAUCACAUGCAAACCAAGACAGCAACCAUGGUUAAGAACUACUAUGUCCGUCAGACGAAAGAAGGGGGCAAGCCGGAGUGGGAACAGAUUGCGACGGAGGCCGAUGCCAAGGCUCAGAGAGGCGAAAAGCGACCGGCGCCACCAACGCCGACACAAGGACCGCGAAAGAGAUACGAUGUUUCGUCAACCGGGCACAGGCCCCUGGCGGCCGCCGAGCCCGAUGAGACGCUUCUGACAAAGGUCGAGCCACAGAACCAACCGUUUCAACGCUUCCAGGUGCCGAUUGCCCAGGCUACACCGGUUUCUCAUCCGCUUGUUCAGCCUGCUCCAGUUGGCAUGACUACGUCCCUAGCCACGGCUGCGGCAGCCCAGUCAACAGUCCCUGGAACCCCCGCAACUCAGACCAUGUCACCGCACACUCACCCUCUCCGCCCACCGGCCCCGGCUUACACGUAUCCGGAGAGGGAAGCGGAGGUUCCCGCGCAAGCCCAACAGCCUGCUCGGAUUUCCCAGAAGCCCGUUUCUGCCACGGUUCCUGUGCCUCCGAUCUCCGAACCCGCUCCACGCCCGGCCGCAUGGGUAACAGACCUUGGCCAGCAGUUUUCGCUCUUGUCACAGGCAAAAGAAGCCCGUGACGCCCGUGACGCGCGAGAGCGACAGAGGCUGCAACUCGCACAGCGCGAGUCUCCUCGACCGGUUGAACGGGCAUCGUUGCGCCUGAAGCAAGAACCCGACCAGCCGCUUCAUCACCAAGAGUCAUACGCUCAAUUCCAGCCGCCACAGCGGCCUAUCUCCACUCGGGUCGAUACUACCCCUCUUGGGAGACAACCAGAGCCGGCCCGUGCUCCAGCACCUGUUCCGCAGUCAUACGCACCGCCGGUUCAUGCACAACCUGUGCGCAACAUGAUUGUCGAAUCAGUUCCAGGGCCGCAAGUCUCACACAUGCCGCCAAACGAAUUGCCUCUGUCAAGUAUGCAACGACAGCCGCCCGUGUCGAUGCAAGAGCAAUAUGGUGCAGUUCCGGUGUCUGCUCCUCCCACACCAUCCCACCCCCAGGCUCAGCCUCAGCCUCCACCUGCCCCCUCGCGCGCUCCAGAACGCAAAGUCAACAUCAUGUCGCUGCUCAACGACGAUGAUCCGCCUCAGCCUAAAAGAGUAGCAGAUGUACCAUUGGUCAAGAGAAAUUCAACCCCUCAGCCCCAAUCUAUGGCUCGCCAACCCCCUCCGACUUCUGCGCCGCUGCCGUCACGCAGGGAAGUCGAUCAGGGAUACCCGUAUGCUCGCACCCCUGCUCCGGCACCGCAAUCAACAAUUCCACCACUCAAGCCGUACCACACCCAAUCACCGCAGCCGCAACACAUGCGGGUGCCGAGCACCGGGAUGGCAUCGAGUGUGGACGCGGCAGCAGAUGCCCAGCGCGACUACUACGCCCGGCAUCCGUAUCCGUCUCAGCACUCCGUCGGUGCGACAAAGUCGCCCCAGACACGAGAAGCACAUCACUACGCGCAGCAUGGGCAGCACGUUCAGCAGCACCCCCAACCAACCCAAAUGGGGUACCAGGGGCAGCAGCCGUACCAGCCGUAUCAAGUUAGUCAACCGCACACUGCAUCUCCCACAACACAAUACGCGCCGCAUCCGUCCAUGUCGAGCAGACGGGAGCCGCAGCCGCCAUCUGGUCGUGAGCCGUGGCCACAACAGCAACCGCAGCCUAUGCAUCAACACCAGCAGCUCCCGCAACAACUUCCGCCGCAGCAGCAGCAACAUCAUCAUCACCAGCACCAGCCGCAUCCGUCACAAUCAGGCUGGCCGCCGUCGCACCAGGCACCCCCCAAGGCGGCGCAACCUGUGCCAGCGCAAUCGGCAUGGGGCGCUCAGCACGGCGGCGUCCAAGCCAAACCCGCAGCCAGCAGUCCUCAUCCGCCUCAACAACACCAUACUUGGCCAACCUCUGGGCCAAACCAUCCACAACCUCACCCCCUCAGCCUCCGCGAUUCCCGGGGGUCGUCGGUCUAUGAGUCCCAGAGCCCCACUGCAGGUAUGCCCCAUCAUCCGCACCACCAACAUCACAACUCGCUCGGCGGCGGACGGUACGCCCCAGGACCCCAAGAUGCAGUACGGCGAGGCGAGCAGCAGCACAUGCCGCAACAAGCCGGCCAGCCGCCCUACGCGCGGUACACCAGUACCCCCGGCCCCCCCGCCCAACAGGGUAGGGAAUCUGUCAGGAGUUUUACUCCUGUCUCUGGAGGGGGGUUUGACCACCGUGGGCCGCCUCCGGGACCACCCGGUCCUCCUCCGUCACAGCAGCAGCAGUCACAGCCGCAGCCACAACAACAGCAGCAACAGCAACAAUACAUGACGCAGGCGCAGCAGCAGCAGCAACAGCAGGAUCUGUUGAGGGAUCAACACAUGCGGGAGGCGCAGAUGAGGGAGAUGCAGGGGCAGAGGGAUCCCAGGGAUCAUCAGAGUGGUGGGGGUGGAGGCGGGGCCAUUCUAGGGAGACAGCUACGGCCUGGAGUUGAAGGACAGGGACCCCGGAAUGCGCCGCCGGGCGCGGCUGGGUUGUAUGAACAGUACUCGUGA